CCGGAAUUCCUGAUUGACAAUCUUCCGGUCAGGAAGAUGGCCGUACACAACAAAUAGUUAGCGAAAUUCGUUUUUUUUUUCAUUCGUUUUCUUCGUUUUAUAGACGUAUAACCGAGGUAUUUUCUGGAGAAAAAAAAAUCAACCAGUAUCCAUGGAGACCCCACAGCCCGGCCCAGCAGACGGAGAGGAGCGAUCUGUGGAGCUGCGGCCCAGAACACGCUCAAACCCGGAGGGUGCAGAGGACAGGCGCAGCAGCACUGGUAGCCUAGGCAACAGCAACCCCAGCACCCCGCAGCCCGCAGUGGGAAGCCGAGUGGAGGGAGAGGGGGAGGCCUCGACCAGCGACAGCCCUCCUAGCUCCACCACCACCACAGUCUCUGCCACCACAGCCCAGACCGUAGCACCUAUUGUGGCAGCUACGGUCAAUGUCAUAGUAGGCCUGCCCACCCCCACGCCAGUGGCCAAGGACAGGCCCAAACCCACCCAGGCUCCUCCCCCUCUGACGCCCCCCAUCCCUCCCACAGCAGAGUACCAGCUACGAGCACCCCGCGUCAACUGUCCAGAGAAAGUGAUCAUCUGUUUGGAUCUCUCUGAAGAGAUGUCAUCACAAAAACUGGAGUCCUUCAAUGGAUCCAAGACCAACGCUCUCAAUAUUUCCCAGAAGAUGAUUGAGAUGUUUGUGAGAACAAAACACAAGAUUGACAAGCGCCAUGAGUUUGCCCUGGUGGUUGUUAAUGAUGAUGCCUUGUGGCUGUCAGGUUUCACCUCUGACCCCAGGGAGCUGUGCAGCUGUCUCUAUGACCUGGACACCAACGUGUGUGAAACCUUCAAUCUAGAGGAUCUUCUUAGUGUUAUCCGUCAGAAGAUAGAUCUUCCUCUCAUGGACAACAUCCAGACCAUCCCCCCUCCGUUUGUAGUCAGGACUCUCCUCAUCUACAGUAGACACGCUGGUCAGCUGCAGUUCAGCCCCUCAGACGCUGUCAAUAGCAUGCUGCUGUCUCCCUACUUCUUCUUUGAUGUGGUUUACCUUCACAAUGGGGCUGAGGAGCAGGGGGAUGAGGCCAGCUGGAGGGACAUCUACACAUCGUUCUGUAACCUGGACUCUAAAGGCACCUGUUACCACUUCGAGGUAUCUCUGUGUGGGCCGGCCAUCGAGCUCCACAACUGCAUGGCCAAGCUGCUGUCCCACCCCCUCCAGAGACCCUUCCAGAGCCAUGCCUCCUACAGCCUGCUAGAGGGAGAUGACCCCCAGGACGUAGAGGCCACCGUCUAACUGGAGGUGCCUGGUAGAGCGACGGACCCCCAGGGGAGGCGUGUUUAACUUGGGGGUCUUCAGAGUACCCUGGUCCUGGAGAGUUACAGGGUCUGCAGGCUUUUGCUAAUUUGACACUGAAUCAAGAGGUGUGUUAGUGCAGGGUUGGAGCAAAAGCCUGCUGAGUCAAGUGUGUUAGUGCCCGGCGCUGGACUAAACGUUUGCACACGCUGUAGCUCUCCAGAACCAGGCUUGGAGAACACUGCUCUAACUGGACAAGGAGAUGGGUUGCUAGGAGAUGGGUUGCUAGGAGAUAACAAUGGGGAAAUUAAGAAGCAUGUGUGUAUGUAUUCCAUUUGGUUUUAAACCUGAUCUGGGGACAGUGUUUUCCCUACAAGUCUUAAAGAGUGAAAUCCAUGGUGGCACUUCUAGGCCUACACAAUAGAUGUCACCCAUUUCCAUUGCUGGCUUGUGGAAAACGUACAUUGAAAUAACUAAAUAUAGCUAUAUACACUGUCAGGAGCAAAGUUGUUGUCAUGGGCUGUUUGGGAAAGGUUGUAAUCUGAUUAAUUCUCUUGUUUUUCCAUCCGUACACCCUCUGAUGGGUACGUUUGCCUUGUCAGAUCGGCUGUUUAUAUUCCCACUUAUGUUGCUUGUUUUGUCAAUUGUACUUUCGUUGAUCUGUAUCUGAUGAUUAAAAGAUAAAUGUUACGUUUAA